GCACUCACCAGUGACUAGACUCCUCUCUCUGAGAUACAAAACCAAAAAACUCAUCAAAGGUCAACAAGCUCCUCCAAAAAAGAAACCAGAAAGAGAAAGAGAAAGAGAAAGAGAAGAGCGUUCAUCUCUCUCUCUACUCCACGGAAGUUCAAUUAAUGGCCGCCAGUAGCAAGAGUAAACGCUGAAUCUACAACCUACCCAUCAUCAUUAACUGUAGAAACCCCCAUCUUUCUUCCUUCAUCCCUUCCUUUCGCUUAUUUCUCUCUCUAAAAACCCUCCUCGGUAUUCGUGUCAGCCAUCUACUCUCUUCAAUUAUUCUUCAAAACCCACAUCCCAUUGUCCGAUUCAUCUCCUUUUGCUCAAUACCCACAUCGAGAUCUGUUUUCCUGAAGGUUUUUUGGGUGAGAGAAUGGGAAGUAAAUGGAGGAAAGUGAAGAUGGCUUUGGCGUCUAAUUUAUGUGUUUAUGUGCCCACGGCUGAUACAGACGAUUCUCCGCCGCAUUCCGAUGGGUUUUCCGAUGCAGCCUUGUUGUCUCCCUCUCCGGCGGGGUGGAGCAUGAGUGGCUCUGCUACUCGACCGGCGUCUCCCAGUUUACGAUUGUCUAAAAGCUUCAACAGAUCUUCUAAGAAAACAUGCACAAUAUGUUUAGCUUCAAUGAAACGUGGAGAAGGACAAGCCAUAUUCACAGCAGAAUGUUCACAUUCGUUCCAUUUCCAGUGUAUUGCUUCAAAUGUGAAACAUGGGAAUCACAUUUGCCCUGUUUGCAGAGCAAAAUGGAAAGCAGUUCCAUUAUUGGGUCCCACAAAUUCCGGCCCUCCAUUAGGAAGAACAAGAAUAAACCCUGUAAAUUGGUCACAAGACAAUCCAGUAAUGACCUUACUCCGCCCAAACAGCCCCCGCCACGUCACCGCCACAUCACCGAUUUUCCCGGGCCCCGAACCACCCGUUUUUAAUGAUGAUGAACCGUUAAACCUUAAAUAUUCAAAUAAAACUCGCUCAGAUUCAGACAAGUCUUUGUUAAAAAGGGUAUCAGUCAAAACAUACACCGAGGUCCCAUCAGUUCCUCAGUUUACUUCUGUUGAUGAUUUCACUGUUUUGAUCCACCUCAAAGCUCCAGCUUCUGUUUCAGGGGUUAAAUCAAGUAACACAAACCAAGGUCAAAGUCAAGGUCCCACCUUUAGUCAAGUUAACCAGACCCCACGUGCCCCGGUUGAUCUUGUCACUGUUCUUGACAUCAGCGGUAGCAUGGCGGGAACAAAGCUUGCUCUUCUGAAACGGGCCAUGGGUUUUGUGAUACAGAAUCUCGGGCCUGCUGAUAGACUGGCGGUGAUUGCAUUCUCCUCCUCUGCCCGCCGCCUCUUCCCCCUCCGGAAAAUGUCGGAUUCCGGGAAGCAACAGGCUCUCCAAGCUGUCAACUCAUUGGUGGCUAAUGGCGGGACCAAUAUUGCUGAAGGUUUAAGAAAAGGGGCGAAGGUUAUGGAAGAUCGAAGGGAGAACAACCCGGUUGCUAGCAUAAUCCUGUUAUCUGAUGGACAAGACACUUAUACUGUAAAUGGAAAUUCCAAUUCCGGUGGCCGGAAAAACCAAUUGACCUAUGAAUUACUUGUUCCGAGGUCUAUUGAAAACUCCGGAAUCAAGAUUCCGGUCCAUGCGUUUGGGUUUGGAACGGAUCACGAUGCUUCUUCGAUGCACUCGAUCUCGGAGAUUUCCGGUGGGACGUUUUCGUUUAUUGAAACGGAAGGUGUGAUUCAAGAUGCUUUUGCACAAUGUAUUGGUGGACUUUUGAGUGUUGUGGUGAAAGGUGCGAAAGUGAUGAUUGAAAGUGUGAACCCUAAUGUUGUUCUCAGAUCUUUAAAAGCUGGAAGCUACAAGAAUGAGUUAAUGGCAGAUGGGAAAUCUGGAUGUAUUGAUGUUGGGGAUUUAUACGCUGAUGAAGAACGGGAUUUUCUUGUUUCGGUCAACAUCCCGACAGAGUUGACUUUAAACGAGACUUGUUUGUUGAAAGUUGGAUGCCAUUACACGGAUCCGUUGACCAAAGAGACAGUCAACUUAGAGAGUGAAGAUGUCAGGAUUGAAAGAACCGAAAAGGUUGGUGAACAGGUUGUGGUACUGGUAUCCAUUGAAGUUGAUAGACAAAAGAAUAGGUUACAAGCGGCUGAAGCCAUGGUACAAGCGAGAGCUGCAGCUGAAGAAGGUGAUUUGUCAAAUGCCAUUUGUACCCUUGAGAAGUGCAGGCGGGUUCUGUCUGAAACGGUGUCGGGUAAGUCAGGUGACCGGCUGUGUAUGGGUCUGGAUGCUGAGCUCAAGGCCAUGCAGGAACGAAUGGCGAGCAGACACAUGUAUGAAGCAUCUGGAAGGGCUUAUAUAUUGUCAGGGCUAAGCUCACACUCAUGGCAACGAGCCACGGCUCGUGGUGACUCCACAGAUGGCUCGAGCCUGGUUCAAGCGUAUCAAACCCCAUCAAUGCUUGAGAUGUUGACUCGAUCUCAAGCUUCUCUUUUGGGCAGCAGCCUUGGUUCGGGUCAGGGUCAGGGUCAGAGAGUGGUUCGUCCUGUUUGGUCAUUUGCAUCAUCGCAUUCACAGCCCAAACCAAGGUAAAGUCAAAAGUGUUUAACAUUUUGUUUUUCGAGGGGGGUAGGAAGGAAGGAGGCGCGAUUUUGGGUGUUGAUAUUUCGUGCUUUUUUUUAUGUAAAGCAAUAAAUAAAAAUGGGGGUAUGUUUAAGAUUGGGGGAGGAGAGGGUAUAAAUGGUGAAAGAUAAGGGGUUAGGAUGGUUGAUUUUGUUUUUGUGGUUUAAAUGUUUUUCCUUGUGUAAUUUUUGGGGGUGAUGUACAUAAGGAGAAAUGGUUUUUUUUUUUUUUUUGGGUAU